CCCAGCAUUAAUUUCUUCCUCCCUAGCAUUAAAUGCUUCCACACCCCAACGGAUUUCAUUUAAUAACACUAUUAACGAAUACUUUUCAAGCCUGCGGCCACGUUAUCUUUGCUCCGGCUUUCCCCUUCCUUAAAUUAAUUGCUCUCUCUCUCUCUACCUCGACGCUCCUCUUCUCUUAUUUACUCUCUCUUUUCUCCCUCUCCCAGUCUCCAACUUCUCUUUAAUCUCUCGGGUCUCAAAGCUAUCACUGGGAUCAAUGUUAAUGGCGACGGAGGUGAGAUCUUUGGCGAGGAUUCUUAGUGGGUACAAGGAAGAGGAAGGGGAGGGGAAGGGGGAGAGGGAGGGGAAUCUCGUCACCCGCGAUUUCGUUGGUUGUUGUGGCGGCGGUGCUGUCGGUGUCGGGAUCGAUUUCCAGGUCCCUCCUGCCGGUUCACAGAAACGCCUCGAUUCACCUUCCGGUCGGAUACACCUGACGAAGCCCGGGUCGGCUCCGGCGAACCGCGAGCUCCAGGACCUCAACCUCCCGCCAGCCACCGACGGGGACGAAGCCGGCGGCGUCCCCCCCCCGCCAGGGGACUCCGCCGCCCUGGACCUCAACCUCGUCGCUCCCGCCGUCUCGGAGUACCGCAGCGUGUGCACUCUCGAGAAGGUCAGGUCCGCCCUCGAGAGGGCGGAGCGCGAAUCUAGAGGGAGGCCGCAUCAGCGAAGAAUGGGCGCUUCUCCUUCGUCCUCGUCGUCGUCGGCGGCGGCCACGACCUCAUCGAUCAAGCGGCGUGCGGGCGAGGAGGGAGUGGACGGCUCUGAUUCGUCCUUCGGUGGGUCCUUGAUGGCCGCGCGGUGCCCCAGAUGCCUCUUCUACGUGCUGGUGGCCAAUCAGGACCCGCGGUGCCCCGGGUGUCGCUCGCACGUGCCGGUCUCCGCCAUAUGCAGGAAGAAGCCUAGAUUCCAGUUUUAGUUCAUUCAGUGACCAACUUGAGAUCCAAGAACUACAUAGAAUUGUCACUCAGGAAUAUAGAAAAAAACAUGAAAAUGAGUUAAUAGCUUUUUUUUUUCCCUAUUCGUGAAUGAGAAAAGAAGCUAGCUCGCACGAGAUAACUAUUGUUGUUUUGUUAUUUGAUACUAUUUUAUUUGUAUUUUAUUUAUAUUGUUGACUAUAAAUAAACAUAAUCUUGUAAAUUAAAUUA